CCAACUUUCUGUGCAUCGAGAGAGAUUGGGUCGAGAUGCUCCCUGGAUAUCUCCAUACAUACUCAAUAUUCGAUCUAAGACCUGAUUAGACUCAAUACACUUGAUACCACCCGAACAACCUUAAGAAAAGCACUGAAUCAACGUCUCACCAUGGUCGCGCAACCCAUUGGCACCAAGAAGACGCCCGUCACGUCGACGGCGAAGAAGACACCAGUAACCGCACCAGCUAAGAAAGCACCUGUCAAGGCACCAGCUGUUCAGCCUCCCAAGAAGCCUGUCAACACCGCCAUGCAGAAGAAGCCUGUGACCACGGCCCCUAAGAAGCCCGUCACAGCUGUUGGUCAAAAGAAAGCUGUACCAGCACCCGCAAAGAAGCCUGUUCAACAGCCACAACAACAGGGCUGGAUCAAUAAAGGUCUCAGUGCCGCAUCAUCAGGCAUUGGGAGUGCCGUUGGUGCUGCAACGACUGGCAUCGGCAAUGCUGCUGGUGCAGUCGUGACAGCGGCAGGCAGUGGUGUUGCUGGAGCAGGAAGAGGCGCUGGUGCAAGUAUUGCAAACUCAUCCCGCACCUGGGGCGACAUGGUACGCGAGUACGGCAAUUCCCUCAAAGACAUCACUGGCGCUCCCGGCAGUCGAUCGACCACGAACAAGAAUCCUCUCGGUUUGAGUACAAGCGGUGUCGGAGGUAUGGCUUCCAUGGCCAGUAGGCCCGGUGUGCCUGGCCUCUCAGGAGGAUCCGGUAAGGGGGGUGGUUCGGCUAGUAAUCCUCUGGGUCUAUAAGGUAUAACCCAGACGAAAUCAGGAAUAUGGACUGAGCUUGUAUGAGUAUAUGGACGACUGGGCUAAAACAUGGGUUUUCGGGAGUUGAACGACGCUGUCUAAAAAAACAUAUAUACUCGAAUCUAUCAUCUCUAGCAACAA